AUUAUAAAGUAGAAAAUCGCUUGACGAUAGACAAACAGUUUGAUUAGUAACCGGCCAUUGUACUUACACUCCUUACUUACGUGCCCGCAACAAAUAAUCUCGGAUCAUUGAAGACUGAAGUUUUUUUUUUGUUGUCAGAUUAUCAGUUAUUGAACCCCCUAUCUAUAAUCUGAUUCAAUAGCAUACACUUCAGUCAUUCGAGCAUUUUCCAAUACGCACUCCUUUCAUAAUAGAAUAGCUUUCUUCUUUUCCAUUAUCAAAUUUAAGUCUCUAAUAUUGUACAUUAUCUCAGUAACUUAUAAGACAACCUUUUCCAGUAUUACUAAUGACUGCCAUUCAUCCAACGGCAAGCCCUAUAUCCUCACCCUACGCCACAAAUCAAAAACAAACAACGGCUGUCCAAGUUGCUCUUAGAGUAAGACCAUUAACUCAACAAGAUAGAUCUUUACCCAAAUUCUCCAAUUCAUCAGACGCAGAUGUUAUAAAGACAUAUGAAAAUACAGUGGUAAUUGUACCACAUCAAAAAUCAUUUCAAUUUGAUUAUGUGUUCAACGCGAACAGCACGCAAGCACAGGUUUUCGACACCGUAGUGGCCGGUCUUAUUGACAAAUUCAUAGAUGGCUAUAAUGUCACUAUUUUAGCCUAUGGGCAAACAUCGUCAGGAAAAACAUACACAAUGGGAACUGCUUUAGAAAACCAAACAAAAACAGACUCUGAUCAUGAAGGAAUAAUUCCGCGUGCGAUCUCUAUGCUGUUUCAGCAGCUAUUGAACAAAAAGAAUGCAGCUGAAAGAGUUAACAGGCCUACUGCACAAAAAGCAUCUAUUGUUGUGAAACGAAAUCCUUCAGCGCUUGCUACUUUCCCUCCUAACUCAGGAUUACGAAUCCCCAAAAAAUCUACAUCCACUGCAAGUUUGAAAAAGAAUUCUUCGAACAGCCAAUUGUCUGAUAGAAGAUUCAGUGCCACUUCUUCGCAACAAGAACAAUACAACAAAAAUAAAUUCUCAAUAUGUGUUUCAUUUGUAGAAAUAUAUAAUGAAGAAUUGAUUGACUUAUUAGAUUCAUCUCCUCCACAUGAGAGGCCGCCACUGGCCAUCAGAGAAGAUGCGAAGGGUCAGAUUAUUUGGACAGGUUUUAAGGAGGUUUAUGUUGAAAGUUCAAAAGAUGUUCUCAAAUAUCUGCAAAUGGGGACUGAGAAUCGAGCGACAGGAUCUACUGAUAUGAACCUUAAAUCUUCCCGCUCGCAUGCUAUUUUUUCUGUUACUUUAAAACAAGAAAAGUGGGUUUCGGCAUCGAAUAGAAAAGGAUCGGUUACGAAAAUAAAAUCGCUAUCCAGUCUGAAUUCUCGGCAGAACACCAUUAACGUGAAAGAUCUAACAGAUAAGCAUCCGUUAAACUGUGAAGGAAUUGGAUCAGAGGACGGAGAAUGGAUAACCACUCAGUCAAAGUUUCAUUUUGUUGAUUUGGCUGGCUCAGAACGUUUAAAAAAAACAGCAGCUCAAGGUGAUCGUCGUAAAGAAGGGAUCAGCAUCAAUGCUGGUUUAUUAGCACUAGGGAACGUUAUAUCUGCAUUAUCAGAUCCAAUGAAAAAGUCUUCUCACGUUCCUUACCGCGACUCUAAGUUAACGCGUUUGUUACAGGAUUCGUUGGGUGGCAAUUCUACUACAGUUAUGAUAGCAUGCGUCAGCCCAUCCGAAGUUAAUUUAACAGAAACAACAAAUACAAUCAAAUACGCUUACCGUGCCCGCAAUAUUCGUAAUAAAGUCGAGAAGAAUGAAGCAGAGGAAUGGAUGGUAACCGACAAUGUAGAUCAUCUACGGCAAAUAAUUAACAAGCUAAAAGCCGAAUUGAGAGUUCUCAAGAGCAAUACCGCUUUGUCAAAGUCACCCAACUAUAAUGAAAAUGUGCACCUGGGCAUGAUCACACCUUCUUCUUCUUCAAUCACAGAUACUGAGCGUAGACCAUCGACAUGUCCUUCCAUAUCUAUUACAACAGCGCAUACUGUGCCAGAUCAAUUUACAUCUGCAGAAAUGUGUGACUCUCCGAAUCAACAGCAGCAAAAUGGCAAUGAAAUUGCUAUUAUGGUUGCCGAUUUACGCAGGCAAAUUGAAGAAUUACAGAACGAACUCAUAGUAACUCGUGAGAGGAAUCGGUUAGUUGAAAGAGAAUUACGGCAGCAGCAUAGAAAAAAGAAAAGAGACAGCCAAGACUUCCAGCAUCUUGUAGAACCUGUCAUUGAAGAAUAUGAAAAAUCGAUCUCUGUUCUGGAAUCGCAAUUAGCCAAGGCACGAGCUGCACUAACUCAUUCAGACCAGGCAUUAGAAGAACAGCAAUCCAAGGUAGCAGAGUAUGAAAUAAUGCAUGCUAACGAAGUUCAAGUACUUGAGGAUUUACGCGCACGCUUAUCUACAGCUAUCGAACGUGAGCGGUCGUCUGAGGCGUACUGUCUAGAAUUAGAAGCUCAGCUGGAGAAAUCUAUAAACGAAGGUAAUAAGGAUCAAAAAGUUCUAUCUGAAUUACGGGAGAAGGUCAUGAAAUUUAAGGAAAUGGAUGAACACACUGAACAAUAUAUCAAUGAUCUGGAAGCCCGUCUAUCAGCUGCCGAAAAAGAAAAAAUAGAAUUGCUUCAAAAAUGGGAAGGGGUAAACGGUCAACGUGAAAAAGAGGAGGAGGACUUGGAAGAAAAGAGCGAGGAGAAACUGAGGGAAAGCAAGGCGACUAUAUCUGAUUUAACGUCAAAAUGCGAGCUACGCGAAAAGCAACUUGCACAAUGUCAAUCCACUUGCGACAAGCUGAACGAGAAGUUGCGAGUAAUGAAACAAGACCCAUCAACAAGUUCAAAUAAGCUUCAUACUGAAGCAAGUACAGCGGAAAUAACCGAACUCAUGGCCCAAGUUAAGCAGAAAGAAGAGCAGCUACAUAUUUUCGAGAUGCAGUUACGAGAGACCAGUACCUUAAAGGAAGAAUUGAAUUCGUUACAUUUGGCUCAUUCUGAUGAGAUUAUGCGACUACAAAAUAGUCUGUCAGAUUUAAAGACCAAACACCAACAGGAAAUUACCAAAAAGCAGAGCCAAAGUCAAAAGUUACAAAAUUCGAUCACAGCGUUGAAAGAAACUCAUAAAAAUGAAUUGAGUAUUAUACAACAAAAACUCGAUACUCUUCAGCAGCAAAAGCAGCAGCAAGACGAAGCUUUCAAGAAAUUGACGUUAUCUAGGCAACAAGAUGUAGAAAAACUGAAGAUUGAACUUAAUGCACUACAACUCGUUGAAGAAAAACAAGAUUACAUUAUCCAAGGUCUUGAGAACAAAGUAGCUGAAAUGGAUCAUCUUAUUGCUUCUUUGCAUACCCAGUUAAACGAAAGGGAUCAAACAAUUCAAUUCCUUGAAGCUGAUAACGCUUCAAAGGCUAAAAAAUUUGAGAUAAUCCUAAAAGAUUUGUGUGGCAUGAAGGAUGAAAAAAAUGUGAUGAAAGAUGUAAUGUCUUUUGUGGAAGGAACACUCAAGCAACAAGAAGCAAAGUCUGAGAAAGCUUUGACAACACUCAUACGUGAACACGAAAUUGAGGAGAAAAGACAAACCUUGAAUGUGCUGUCACAAGCCACCCAACGUUUAUCUCAAGAUGACGAGCUAACACGAAAUUCUUUGACUCAACAAACUGACCUGGUUGCCAAAAUGAAGGAAGAAAGGGCUCAAACGGAACUUGAACAGCAAAAACUACAAGCGUUACAGGCUCAAAUCGAACACCAUAAAAAGGCUAAUGAGGAAAAGCAGCAAGAAUUGACACAAAUUGAGCAAAAUGAACAGAUGUCGAUAUUGAACGAAGAGCGAUCCAUAGCAUCGUUGAAUGACACGAACGCAAUUAUAGAGGAAUUAAGGAAAAAAGUAACAGCCUUGCAGCAAACAAGAAAAAAAGAAGAUGAAUUAUGGCGGGAAGAACUUUUCAUGACUCGUAAAGAGAACAGAGAUUACAAAUCUACGGUGGAAACGCUUCGAAAGUUGUUGAGCGAAGCAGAACAGAAAUUACUUGAGAAGGAAGUUGAAGAAACAGCUAUUUCUAUCAAUAAAGAAACAAUCAGCGAUGGUGACAUGACUUCGAAACUUGGCCAAUUUAGUGAUUUAUCGAGAGAACAGCUGAUAACAAAAAUGCUUCAAUUGCAAGAUGAUUACAAGCAACUCACCAAGACCAACGAUAAUUUAGUAUCUCAAUUAAUACUACAAAAAGGUCAGUCCUCAUUAGAGACAAAAAACUUCGAAUUAGAGCUAAUGAAGCUCACAGCAGCGAAUGAUCGGUUGGAGAAAGAGAUGGAUCAGUUGAUUCCAAGAACAAAUACACAAAACAGAGAAGCUAUGCAUUUCACAUCACCACCAAAUACUCCACGAAUGAACUCUCCUUUACCAAGUUCAGCGAACAGUAAUAUGGCGCAAUGCAAGUCAUAUCAUGAAACUUCAAACUUAAGUAUCUCAAAGUUAUCAAAAUCAGGAUCGUAUAGAUCAGUCUCUUCAACCGUUACAAAUGAUGCGCAACACUUUUCUGACGAAGAAACAUUGAAGCGCCUUUCAUUUAUCUCAAACAAAUCUGAUACAGUACCCAUUCGCUCUAUAUCUCCUCUACGUAAUAGCAGCCGCUCUAUACUUUCGUCUAGUGUUUUACCACCUCCAACUGCACCACCAUCGAACCCACUUCCUCCAAUACCUACGACACCUUUACCUCCCACUCCCUGUGCUCCCUCAUCGCCCUCCUUAAGUAAUUUGUCUGAACCAAGUGCAGACUUCCCAAGCUUACCAUCAACGCAAGGAAACAUAAUGGGAAGUGUGAGUACAUCUUCGUUGCACCGUCGGGAUUCUUCGACAUCAGCCACUUUUAGCGAUCUAAUCAGCACACUUACUACUGCUGAAUGCACAAACGAACAGUACCACAAGUUAAUCCGCUCUUUGCAACGAAAGGUGCAAAUUGCCGAGACCGAUAUUCGUGCUCAUCAGGAAAUAAUAAGCAGGUUAGAAACACAGUUAAGUCGAUCUGAAACUUCUGUACGCGAAGCGAAGAAGCAAUUGGAUGUUGUAAAUAGAGAAAAACAAGCUUACAAUUUGGAAGUUCAAAAUCUGCGAACGCAAAUUACACAAAUUCAAUCAGAGCAAAAGAUUGCAGAAGAAGAAUCGCUUUCAAAACGCAAGCAUCUCGAAGCGAAAAUAGAAGAACAAAAAGCCCUCAAGGAAAAGGCUGAGAAGGCUCGAAGAAUCUUAGAAAACCGCAUGGACGAGCUAAUGAACAAAAAGAGCAAAUUCAUGUGCUUUUAG